AUGGACCAGCCAUUUACUGUGAAUUCUCUGAAAAAGUUAGCUGCUAUGCCCGACCACACGGACGUGUCCCUGAGCCCGGAGGAGCGGGUCCGAGCCCUCAGCAAGCUCGGCUGUAACAUCACCAUCAGCGAGGACAUCACUCCGCGCCGCUACUUCCGAUCCGGAGUAGAGAUGGAGAGGAUGGCAUCCGUGUACCUGGAAGAAGGAAACCUGGAAAAUGCCUUUGUUCUGUAUAAUAAGUUUAUAACCUUGUUUGUAGAAAAGCUUCCCAGCCAUCGAGAUUACCAGCAAUGUGCAGUCCCUGAGAAGCAGGACAUUAUGAAGAAACUGAAGGAGAUUGCAUUUCCAAGGACAGAUGAAUUGAAAAAGGACCUUUUAAAGAAAUAUAACGUAGAAUACCAAGACCAUAUGCAAAGCAAAAACAAAUAUAGAGCCGAAAUUCUCAAAAAACUGGAACAUCAGCGACUGAUAGAGGCCGAAAGGAAGCGGAUCGCUCAGAUGCGCCAGCAGCAGCUGGAAACGGAGCAGUUUCUGUUUUUUGAAGAUCAACUCAAGAAGCAGGAAUUAGCCCGAGGUCAGAUGCGAAGCCAGGAAACCCCGGCGCUGUCGGAGCAGAUUGACGGCAGCGCCUUGUCCUGCUUUCCCAAACACCAGAACAAUUCCCUGCUGAACGUAUUUGCCGACCAAGCGAAUAAAAGUGAUGCCACCAAUUAUGCUAGCCACUCUCCUCCGGUCAACAGGGCCUUAAAGCCAGCUGCUACCCUCAGUGCUGUUCAGAAUUUAGCGGUUGAUGGACUACGGUGUGUAGUUUUACCGAGAAAUCUUUGCCACAGAUUUCUGCUGCUGGCAGAAUCCAACACAGUGAGAGGAAUAGAAACCUGUGGAAUUCUCUGCGGAAAACUGACGCACAACGAAUUUACCAUCACCCACAUCAUUGUGCCAAAGCAGUCUGCAGGCCCAGACUACUGCGACAUGGAGAAUGUGGAGGAAUUGUUCAGUGUUCAGGAUCAACACGAUCUCCUCACUCUAGGAUGGAUCCAUACACACCCGACCCAGACUGCAUUCUUGUCUAGUGUCGAUCUUCACACUCACUGUUCCUACCAGCUCAUGUUGCCAGAGGCGAUUGCCAUUGUGUGUUCACCAAAGCAUAACGACACGGGCGUCUUCAGGCUCACCAGUGCCGGCAUGCUCGAGGUCUCCACCUGCAAGAAGAAGGGCUUUCAUCCGCACACCAAGGAGCCAAGGCUGUUCAGUGUAUGCAAACACGUGUUGGUAAAAGACAUAAAAAUAGUUGUGCUGGAUCUGAGGUGA